GGCCGGAGGCGGAGCCCAACGACACCCACAAUUAAAGAUGAACUUUGAGUGAACUAAUUUAUCUGAGGGAGGAGAAGGUAACAGGCUGGCCCGCCGUCCCUGCAGCCUAUAAAAGCGCAGGAUGGGCAGCCCAGAGCCUCCGUCGCUGACAGAGCUUCACCUCCACCUCACACCUCACGCCUCUCCUGCUGCAAACAUGGCUCUGAGCACGCUGCUGGCCACCUUCCUGUGCACCAUCGUGCUGCCUAUCCUGCUCUUUCUGGUGGCGCUGAAGCUCUGGGAAGUUUACAUGAUCCGGGGGAGAGACCCGAGCUGCUCCCGCCCGCUGCCUCCCGGAUCCAUGGGUUUACCUUUCAUUGGAGAGACGCUGCAGCUGAUCCUGCAGGUAAGCACAGGCACGGCUGCUCAACUCGACUUUCUCAUUAUUUACAUCCACAGAGGGGAUGCUGCAGGCGCCACACACACAGAAAACUUUUAUCUAUAAAGUGUUGUAAUCGAAAAUCACACUCUAUCUAGAUGCAUUGAUUAGUUUGAUCCCUUGACUUGAUUUGGAGCACCUGUAUGACUUUUUCCCAUGAUCAGAGUUUGUCAGUCUUUAACUCCAAGUGUCUGUGUUUGCAGAGGAGAAAGUUCUUGCGCAUGAAGCGGCAGAAGUACGGAUACAUCUACCGCACACACCUCUUCGGGAAUCCCACGGUGCGCGUGACAGGAGCGGAUAACGUCAGACAGAUCCUGCUCGGGGAGCACAGGCUCGUGUCUGUGCAGUGGCCCGCGUCUGUGCGCACCAUCCUGGGCUCGGACACGCUCUCCAACGUGCACGGAGCUCAGCACAAGAGCAAGAAGAAGGUCAGUACACUCAACUAAAACUUUUAAAUCGCUGUGGAUGGAGACUCUUUUUCAAUAAUACUUUGAAUUACUAUGUUUAGAAAUCUGUCAACUUUUUAAAAUUUAUCUUAAAGAUAAAACAUAGGAACCAAGAGUUUUAUUCUCAAAUGAAUGUCAGCUAUCAGAGGUGAAAAACAAGGACAUUUUCUCACAUGAUUACAAUUGAGCAGCUCUUUGUGAAUUUGUACUUUUUUAAAGUCAGUAUUUUUACAUUUACCUAUUUUUCUUCUGAGGUAAUGAUUUUACUUUAGAUAGCAUGAUUUACUUUGUUAAAAGAGUCACCAAUACAUGCAAUUUUUCUCUCAACUCUAUCAAUCAAUGUCCAGUCCUAAAUAUUGGCUUGUGUCAACAAUCUUAUGUGCAUAGCCAAAUGUUUCUGGAGUUUGCAGAGAUCACCUACAACAAAAAGUAGGAACUUAGUAUAUUAAAGCUCCUGUUGUGAGUUUUUUUUUUUUACCUUUUAUGAAACAGACUGAAAUCUAUAUAGAUGACACACGGAAGCAAAUAAGACCAUCAGCCAAAAGAUUUGAUUUUUUUUUUUUUUAUCGUACAUUCUCAAACCUAACACCAGUAUGAAGGGGUAGGUGUCAGCCAACAGACCUAUUUCUAACAAAUAUUCACAAAAAGGAUUUAUUUGUUCGUCCAAAAGCAGCGGGGUGAGAUUUAAGGAGAAGAUAAACAGGCUGCUCUGUCCACAGGGGGUGCUAAAUUAAGUACAAAAGUGGAAGUUUCUCACAGGAGCUUUUAGAUGGUAUUAAUCUGAAGGAAAGUAGAGGAGUUGAGAUAAACAAACUAGUAGUUUUACAUCUUAAAGUAACUGUACUUUUACUUUGGUGGAAUAUUUUUGUACUUUUCCAACCCUAAAACAUUUUCACUGUGAUGAUGAAUCAUCAAUAUUGUAUUGGGUCAUUUAAAGCAGUAAAAGCCAAUAAGUUGCCAGUGUAGUAAGUGAAAGGGUGUAGAUCUUAAAAGAAUGCACUGGAAAGACCUUGGGGAAACCAAACUUCUGUUAAAAUGACUUAAAAUAACAUAAAAGCAUUUGGUAAAGUUAAAGUGAAUACUGGCAGAUUGUGCAUCACUAUGAGAAAAGUAAACGUAAGAGGUUCAAUUACAAAAAAUUGUUCGAUAAGCAUCUUUUUUGGAGCCAUUCAGAUACACCAUGAUAAUCUAUUGCAGUCAUCUGCCCUCAUGGCGCUGAAAUGACUGUAAUUUGUUUAGAUACAUGGAUGUCAGUCUGAAUAAGUCCCUCUUGUCCUUGUCAGGCCAUCAUGCGGGCUUUCUCCAGAGAGGCUCUGGAGCUCUACAUCCCUGUCAUCCAGGAGGAGGUCCGGGCUGCAGUCAAGGAGUGGCUGGAUAAAGACUCCUGCGUGCUGGUCUACCCUGAGAUGAAGCGGCUGAUGUUUCGGAUAGCCAUGAGGAUCCUCCUGGGCUUCGAGCCGGAGCAGAUCAAGACAGACGAGGAGCAGCUGGUGGAAGCUUUUGAGGAGAUGAUCAAGAACCUGUUUUCUCUGCCCAUCGAUGUGCCAUUUAGCGGAUUAUACCGGGUAAGAGAGGGAAAUCUCCUCAUGCUUUCUCUGCGAUAAACAAAUAGAUGGUUUAAAGUCAUUCAGCCUGAGGAGUACACAUAAAGAAUAAUAUCUAACAACACAGAAACAGACCAGUCAGAACAAUUGAUCAGAUUUUUUACCCUAAUGAAAUGAAAAGGCUAACUCAUCGUAAAAUAGAUUGUAUUAAAUUGGCUAAAAGCUCAAGACUGAUAUCUCCAGUCCUUUUAAUUCACAACAAGCACAUCACACAGGAAAAGACUUGAAGGAUUAAUGUAUUUUAACUUCUGUUUUCCAUCCUCUUCUGCUUUAGGGUUUAAAGGCGAGGAACUUCAUCCACUCCAAGAUCGAGGAGAACAUCAAGAAGAAGAUGCAGGAGUCGGACAAAGAGUCCAAACACAGAGACGCUCUGCAGCAGCUCAUUGACAACAACAGGAAGAGCGGGGAGCCAAUCAGCUUGCAGGUACUGAAGUGAUCAUGACAGACUUGACUGUAUGAUAGUGUCAGUUCUUCUCCUCUGAAAGCUUGUUCUGGUCUCACUCUGUCUUCAUUUCUGUUAUCAGGCGAUAAACGAGUCGGCCACAGAGCUGCUGUUUGGAGGUCAUGAAACCACGGCCAGCACGGCCACCUCUCUGGUCAUGUUCCUGGGCCUGAACCCUGAAGUGGUGGGCAGACUGAGACAGGAACUGAUGGAGAAGGUAAUUAAAACCACCUCAAAAUUAGAGCUCUGGAAGUUAGGUUAGAGUCUACCUGGAGACAUUUAUGUCACUGUAGAUUUCUACAACCAAUAUUUGAAAAGUUCAUUCAAAAAACCAUCAGAUUGAAUUACUGUAAAAGAAGAAAAAGGUCAUCAGCUGUACAAACUACAUGUUCUCUGAUACAGUUUUGUUAUUUCAUUACCAAGAACCAAAACCAUAGAAAUAUGAGUAAUAUAAAGUGUCCACGUAUAAUGUGAUUUACAGUUUUUAUGUUACAAAAAAAUAAGCUGAUAUGUUUUUUCUGGGCUGACAAGUUCUGCUACCGGAGCUCUUUAUCGCUGACAACAUCUCCUCAUGGCCUGCUGUUACCUACAGUAACUCACUGUUACUCACAGCAGGGUUGAUGUAAUGCAAACGUUCCCUGGAGAGAGUUUGUCACAUUGAGGCUUUCUUGGUAAAGCUCAUUAGAGUCAGACUGUUAAACCCAGAUCAGGAUAAUAAGACGUGUCUGAGCUUGGAAGGCCACCAGGGCUAACAAGCUAAUCUAAGGUAAACAAGUUAAGUAUGGACUGAUAGUUUUCACUAAUUAAGGCUUGAGUUGACCUUUGAAACCGUAGCUGAUAUUCAAAGCCUCUGUUCCAAACUUUUAUCCUUAUUCCUGUCCAAAGAUGAUCACUAAGCUUUAGCUUCUGCACCUCCUGACAUGUCUCCUUGUUUGUCUGCAGGAAGAGCAGGGGAUGGACCUCCACAGUCUUGACAUCGAGUCCUUGGAGCAGUUGAAAUACACCGGCUGUGUCAUCAAAGAGACUCUGAGGAUUAACCCUCCUGUUCCCGGAGGCUUCAGAGUGGCUCUCAAGACUUUCGAACUCAAUGUAAGUAUAAAAACUUUUUGAACCACACAAAUUUGAAAUCCGAUCGACGCGUACUUCUGUGUUGAAUCUUUGUUGUUGCAUUGGCUGUAGGUUUGUUUAGCCCUAAACCUUCCCAAAAGCAAUGCAUGUGGCCUGACAUGCACCCCCAAAAGAGUGUAGCUACUGGGUCAAAAUAGAGCAGACUGUGAUUGGUUUGACGGGUUGCGUCAUAUUUUAUGCAUUUGGAACAUUUCCAAUACCCGAGUUGGAUCCUUUUCCUCCAACUUCUAUACCCAGAUUCAGUUCCUGUGCACAAACAAACAGAAAAUGUUGCAGAAACUAAUUAUAUGACUGGCAUAGAAAUUGUACUGUAGACAUUCAGAGUCUGUCAUGCUCAUGAGAGUAUAGGUCACGAUGGUGUAGACUUCAGACUGCAGAGACGUUAUUGAAAACAGUCUUCUUACAGAAUAUUUCCUUUCAUUGCUUCAGGGUUACCAAAUCCCAAAAGGCUGGAAUGUCAUCUACAGCAUCUGUGACACCCACGAUGUGGCUGAGAUCUUCCCCAACAAAGAGGACUUCCAGCCCGAGCGCUUCAUGACCAAACCUUCCGGCGGCGAUUCAUCCAGGUUCCAGUACAUCCCAUUUGGGGGAGGCUCCAGGAUGUGUGUGGGGAAGGAGUUCGCUAAGGUUCUGUUGAAGAUCUUUCUGGUUGAAGUGGUCACCAAGUGUCACUGGACUCUUUUAAAUGGGCCGCCCACCAUGAAAACAGGACCUACCGUCUACCCUGUGGACAAUCUGCCAACCAAGUUCACCAGCUAUGCACAAAAUUAAAUCCUAGGGAGUGUGGAGCGAAAUCUGAGGUCUCCCAAGAGUCUGAAAUCAUGAGCGCAGCAGUAUAAUCCAGAUACUUCAAUUUUGGAAAUAGACUCAUGAAUUCAUACUGAAAAUAAGCUUAUCUUUCAGUCCUGUCAGUAUGACACUUGGUAUAAAUUGUACAUACUGUAGAUUCUUUAUUGUUGUAUAUCAAGAUGUUAAUACGUUGGAUUUGUUUGUGUAAUUUUUGUUUUGUUGAGGAUGUGAGCAAACUAAACGAGAGGCACUAUACACAGACAGGAACACUUUAAUCAACUCAGAGGUGUAUCUAUAGGAUGAUGUACAUAUGUAAUGUAGAGACUGUUUAUAUAACUUUUCUAUCUUACCCAAACUUAUUUAUGUGACAUAUGUUAUAAUGUAUGAGCUUUUUAUUUAAUAAAGCUGUUUUACUGAAAAUCUGUGUGUCAGAUCUUUGAAAUAAUGAAGGGAAACAGUCAUUUAUGAAGAGGGGAGUGUGGGAGUUAGCAGCAUUUAGCAGAGCAGACAGUAAAAACUUAAUAUAAUAUCCGUAAGUAUGUUUGAAUAAGUGUAUAAUCACGUAAAUACAACAACUAUUGAGUCUUUUAUAUUAUAAGAGUGGGAGAAUAAAAGAUAAAAAUGGCAAGUUAAAGUAAAAAGGGGUACAGAAUGAAACCGUGAACACAGCAGAAAAUCAAACACAGUUUUGUGGUCUAGAUAACCAGGGUUUGUUUGAUUGUGUUUUCAAUAAGUGGCUAUUUGGGAGAAGUGUAGGAGAGAGGUUGUUGUGUGC